AUGCCAAAGAAUAAAGGUAAGGGAGGAAAAAACAGAAGGAGAGGAAAAAAUGACAACGAAGGAGAAAAAAGAGAACUGUUAUAUAAGGAAGAAGACCAAGAAUAUGCUCAAGUGUUAAGAAUGUUGGGAAACGGAAGAUUGGAAGCCCACUGUUUUGAUGGAGUUAAGCGACUGUGUCAUAUUAGGGGAAAAAUGAGAAAGAGAGUUUGGAUAAAUUCUGGAGAUAUCAUUUUAGUAUCCCUUAGAGAUUAUCAAGACAGCAAAGCGGAUGUUAUAGCAAAAUACACACCUGACGAAGCAAGGAGUCUAAAAACGCAUGGUGAAUUACCAGAAACUGCCAAAAUUAAUGAAACGGAUAUUUUCGAUGAUGAUGGACAGAAUGGCGUUGAAUUUUUGGAUGAUGAGUCAGACGAGGAGGCACAAGAAGAUAUCAAUAACGCGAAAAAAUUAGAAAUAGAGGAUAUAUAA